AUGAAGCUGGUGUACCAGAUCCUGAAACAGGAGGCAGAGCUCCGCGAAGACCAGUCCUACGAAUCUCAUUUCGAGACUGAGAACGGCAUCUACGCCUCCGAGUCGGGCAGGCCGGUGGAGAGCUACGACGUCAACGGCCAGUUCAGCUACACCGGUGACGACGGUGUCGUCUACAAGGUGGUCUACGUGGCCAACGGGAACGGCUUCCAGCCGCAGGGCGCCCACCUGCCCACCCCGGUGCCCACCGAGUACCCGACCCCGGAGGCGUCUGAUGAUGAUGACGAUGAGGAGGAGGAGCGUUACGAGGCUCCUGAGGAGGAGGACGAUGAUGACGAAGCUCCCGCCGGCUACUACCAGCCCCAGUAUGAGCGCGUCAUCGUCGGCUACAGGCCCCGCUACCAGUAG